AUACUUCAAAACAGUCGGGUUAUCAUUGGUUGACGUGUAUGUAUACGGUCUCAGAAACAACUUUGAAUUUUUUAUGAGAAAAAGGUUUAUUUCGUAUCGAAUUUUCCAACAUAUAAACAACUGAUAAAAUGGAAGUUGUAGCAUCUUUAUUCGAUGAUGUGAAACGUAUGAAUAAAAGACAGUUUAUAUACCAAGUUUUGAGUUUUGGUAUGAUAGUAUCAUCGGCUCUGAUGAUAUGGAAAGGACUUAUGGUAGUAACUGGAAGUGAAAGUCCUAUUGUAGUUGUAUUAUCAGGUAGUAUGGAACCCGCAUUUCACAGAGGGGACUUAUUAUUUUUAACAAACUACCCAGAAGAGCCAGUUCGUGUUGGUGAAAUUGUAGUAUUUAAAGUUGAAGGAAGAGACAUUCCGAUAGUUCAUAGGGUUCUGAAGUUGCAUGAGAAGGAAAACGGUACAAUUAAGUUCCUUACGAAAGGAGACAACAAUAGUGUAGAUGAUAGAGGGUUAUAUGCACCUGGUCAACUAUGGUUGACUAAAGAUGAUGUUGUAGGAAGAGCUCGAGGAUUCUUACCAUAUGUUGGAAUGGUCACAAUUAUGAUGAAUGAAUACCCUAAUUUCAAGAUUGGUGUACUUGCUUGCUUAGCUUUUUAUGUUCUUAUUCAUCGGGAAUAAGUACUAGUUUUGUAUUUAUUACUUUAAAUAUAAAAUUUGUUUCUA